GGGCGGUAAUUAGCUGUAACACCGCCAAGCUGCCGGAAGAAGAGCAGAAGAAGAACAACAUCCGGGUGACAGGUGGAUGUUGUUUAUCUGUGGGUCAAAUAUUCCUCCUUUAACUUAUUCCUCCCGUUAUUCUCCCGGGACGUGUUGCCGUCGGUUUACCCCGGUCCUCCCGCAGUCUGCCCCGCAGCGACCCUCCGAUGGCCUCCCGGCGGCCGGACAGCUUCGAUGGGCUCGGGUACCGCGGCCGCGACGACCCGCUGUACGGAGCCUCCUACCCGGUCAGAAGCGCUGGAGGCCCCGCGGAGCUGCAGCACCACCACUGGGUCACCAGCCCUCCGGACAUCCCGGGCAGCCGCAACCUGCACCACACAGACCGGACACCGCAGCUCGAAGAGCCGCUGGGGGGCCCCGGAGGUCCCGCUGCCGCCUGGGAGGCUCCACAGCCCGGCGGACCGCCCGCUGAGCAGCUGAAUCGGUUUGCAGGAUUUGGAAUCGGACUCGUCAGUCUGUUCACUGAGAACGUCCUCGCUCACCCCUGCAUCGUCUUCCGCAGACAGUGUCAGGUGAACUUCCACGGAGGCUGUUACCACCUGACUCCGUUCACUGCAGUCGCCGUCAUGUACUCCAUCUCAAAGGCUCAGGGGGUGAAGUCUCAGUGGAAGGGGAUGGGCAGCACCUUCAUCGUCCACGGCAUCACGCUCGGAGCCGAGGGGGUCAUCAGCGAGUUCACGCCGUUACCACGGGAGCUUCCUCACAGGUGGAGUCUGAAACAGCUGGCAGGACAUUUACUGCUCAAAGGGUUAACAGCUGUGGUGGCUCUUCCUUUUUACUGUGCCAGCCUCAUUGAGACCGUCCAGAGUGAGAUAGUGAGAGAUGAGUCCUCCUGUGGUCUGCUGGACUGUGUGCGUGAGGGUCUGACCCGGGUCCUUGGGGUGGGGGCCCCCCACAGCCGCCGCCUGCUGCCCCUGACCUCCCUGCUGCUCCCCGCGGCGCUGCACGCUAUGCUACGCUACGCUAUCUCCUCCGCGGUGCAGCGGGCCGCGCUGUGGCUGCACCAGAGGGCCCGCCCCCCCCGCCACGACCCCCCCGCCGCCGCCCCCCCCGCCAACCCGCUGGACGCCUACUUCCCCGAGCUGGCGGCGGCGUGGGCCGGCUGCCUGGUGGCGGACGUGGUGCUGUUCCCGCUGGAGACGGCGCUGCACCGGCUAGCGCUGCAGGGCACGCGCACCAUCAUCGACGCCACGGACGGCGUCGCCGCGGGGGGGGGCCCGCUGGUGCUGCCCGUCAACACGCAGUACGACGGCUUCUCCGACUGCCUGCACGCCAUCCGCCGCAAGGAGGGCGCGGCCGGCUUCUACCGCGGCGCCGGGGCGCUAGCCGCGCAGUACGCGCUGCACGGGGCGCUGCUAGCCGCCGCUAGGACUCUGCUACGACUACUGCUGCUGGACGCACGCGCUCGCUAGAGGGGGGGCAACACUGACUGGGUCGCCAUGGAGACACAGCAACACUGACUGGGUAAACUGUGUUUCUGCCGACACGACAACAAGAAAACAUCUCUGUUUCUGGUCCAAAAUAUCAUCAGAGUAACAAAUUAUUUUAUACCAAUCAGAUGAUAGGAGACACACACACACACACACAGAGACGCACACACAGAGACACACACACACACACACACAGAGACGCACACA